GUGUUCAAGAUGGCGGCUGGACGGGAGAUAAUGGAGGGAAAAAGAACAGAUUCCAACGAUGAAAAUGAUAUUGACAGCGAUGAGGAAGAAGAACCGGAUUUUAAUGAUCCCGAAGACUUUGUUGAUGAUAUAACCGAUGAAGAACUGUUAGCUGAUCUGUGGAGGUCGAAGCCGAAGUCCACUGAUGGGAUUGACUCCGUGGUUGUCGUUGACAACGUGCCCAGUGUGGGACCGGACAGGCUCGAGAAGCUACAAAAUGUCUUGCACAAACUGUUCUCAAAAUUUGGCAAAAUUGUCAAUGAACAUUACCCAAUGGAAGAUGGCAAAACUAAAGGAUAUAUUUUCUUGGAAUACUCUUCUCCACUUCAUGCCCAGGAAGCUGUCAAGAUGACCAACGGCUACAAGCUAGACAAGCAGCACACAUUUUGUGUCAAUCUUUUUUCCGAUUUUGAAAAGUAUGAAAAUAUUCCAGCCAAAUGGGAGACACCACAACCAAAACCAUAUGUGGACCCUGGAAAUCUACGAUACUUUUUGCUAGACAAAGAAUGUAGAGAUCAGUUUAGUGUAAUCUACGAUGCCGGUGAAAAAACAGCUAUUUUCCUUAAUUCUGUGGAACCAAUUCUGCUGGAAGAGAGAGCGAGAUGGACUGAAACAUAUGUACGUUGGUCACCACAAGGAACAUACCUGGCCACGUUUCAUCAGAAGGGAAUUGCAUUAUGGGGCGGUGAAAAGUUUUCCCAGAUUAUGAAGUUCAGCCACCCCGGUGUUCAGCUUUUGGACUUCUCUCCUUGUGAAAAAUAUAUGGUGUCAUUCAGUCCCUUGCAAGAUAACCUAGAGGAUCCACAGGCCAUCAUUAUUUGGGAUAUUCGAACUGGAGAGAAGAAGCGUGGUUUUCACUGUGAGACACAGGGCACAUGGCCUAUAUUUAAGUGGAACUUUGAUGGGAGUUACUUUGCUCGUAUUGGACAAGAUGCUAUUAGUGUGUAUGAAACGCCUUCCUUUGGUUUGCUAGACAAGAAAAGCAUCAAAGUAAUAGAUGUACGAGAUUUCAGUUGGUCUCCGACUGACAAUGUCAUGGCCAACUGGGUCCCCGAGAUGGAGAAUGUGCCUGCUAGAGUGAGUCUGAUUGAGAUCCCCAGUCGAAAGGAACUGUGUGCCAAAAACCUCUUCAAUGUUGCCAGCUGUAAGAUGCAGUGGCAGAAAAAUGGGGACUAUCUCUGUGUGAAGGUAGACCGCUACUCCAAAGCAAAGAGGAUGGAAGAUAAGGAUCAAAUGAAGUAUAGUGGUACAUAUUUCAACUUCGAGAUAUUCCGUCUCCGAGAAAAACAAAUACCAGUUGACAAAAUAGAAGUCAAAGAAAUUGUGUAUGCAUUUGCAUGGGAGCCUACUGGUCACAAAUUUGCUUUUAUCCACGGAGAAUCACCAAGAAUAUCUGUAUCAUUUUACGCAAUCCGACCCGGAGGAAAGGUGGAUCUACUCAAGGUGCUAGAAAAGAGGACAGCUAACCACUUGUUCUGGAGUCCCAAUGGACAGUUUAUUGUUCUUGCUGGUUUGAGAAGUAUGAACGGUAUAUUGGAGUUUGUUGACACGCAAGACAUGACAGUCAUGACACAAACGGAGCACUUCAUGGCUACAGAUGUUGAAUGGGAUCCGACUGGAAGAUAUGUGGCGUCGGCCGUCAGUUGGUGGGGACACAAGGUUGAUAAUGCAUAUUGGAUCUGGAACUUCCAGGGUAACCUGCUGUAUAAAAAGCCAAUGGAACGUUUCUGUCAGUUGCUAUGGCGACCAAGACCAGCAUCACUCUUGAAGGAUAAACAGAUUAAGGAGAUCAGGAAGAAUUUCAAGAAGUUUGCUCAGCAGUUUGAGAUAGAAGAUAUUUCUAAAAAGCAGUCUGCAUCCAAGGAAUUGCUGGAGAAACGUCGUCAGCUGAUGGACGAAUACAAACAGUUCUGCAGAGACAGGACUGAGGAGUUUGAACAGCUUAGAGACAGGAGGAUUGAACUUCGAGAUGGUGUUGAAACCGACGAGUUGGAUAGUCACGAGGACAACAUGGAAGAGGAGGUGAUUGAGUUUUUGGUAGAAGUUCAAGAAAUAAUAGUGGAAGAGUAGAGCCUGUCAUCUCCAUCGCGUUUCUCAUCUCGCCCAAGCCAGCCGCCUUGAAAUCUCGAUUGGGUGUCACUUGCCAGAUAAUACAUUCAGUUUGCUCACCACAUUGCUGCGAUUCUAGUAUACCAGACUUAAAAAACCAUCUCAACAUCCAGUUCAUCUUUAGUCAAGUGUGUAUUUGGCCGAUUAAGAGCCUGAAGGUGGUGAACAAUAACCUUCUUUAGAUAAUAGACUUGGAAAAAACAUUCUUAUUGAUUUUUAGAAUUUAAGCAUGGAAUACAUAUGUACGAGUAUUAAUUGUAUAUUUGUAAUUGGUGUCAGUUUUUUAACUUUUAAUUUUCCAUUUAUUCCACUUUUUGUUCUCUUCGGGCCUUUUUCAGGCUAUUUUCCUGUUCCUUAUAGGAUAUGUAUUAAAACUAUGUCUAGGAAUUGUCAAACCCAGUGUUUAGGUCUCCUAAAUAUCAAAAAAUGUCUUAAUAAUAAACAACUAUCUUUCUAUAUAAUAAACAA